AUGGCCGCCAAGUAGGCUAAUUCGGCAGCCCAGAGACAUCCCUCUUUGUCCAUUUCGCAUUUAAAGGGACCCGGUAGAGUACAAGAAGAAGCUCCUGGAGCACAAGCCGGAGUUGCAAUCCCAGCAAGAAGACGUCGACAGGAUCCUCUCGAUGGCGGGCUCAUGCUCGCCUACGCGCCAGGACAAGUGGCUGAGGGAGAUGCGGGACCUCGCCCUGAAGGACGGCAUCACGUAUGGCCCCGACCACAAACCCGUGAGACACGCCACAGAGAUGCCAUGAAUGAGCUGAUGCAUCACGUCAAGCCGAUGAGGAACGCAGAGGCCGGCCCGUCCCGUGUGUGCGAUUGAGCGAAUGAGUACUGACUGUUGGAAUUGGCCAUGUGGCGUCGGUAUCUCUGUCAGUCAUUGUCAACAGUGAUCGAUUCAAACGAGAGAUGUCCAUACAUACAUGCAUUGGAUCGUCAAGCGAGCACUCUUGGACGUGCAGACAGACGGAGCACGCAGCCAGCAGACAGACACUUGCAGACAGACACACAUGUGCACGCAGCAGAGCUGCAGACAGACACACCACAUAUAAACGAACGCAUGGG